GUGUUCAUCCAAGAAAAAAACGUUCGGAUACAAAAUGAAGGCGGGUUUUCCUUUAAUCCUCUACCUGUGCCUUCUUGUUCCUGUCCACCAAGCAACACUUCCAAGUGCUAACAUUUCUGAUCUAUCCCUCAAAAACAUGGACUUUGCGAUGAACCUUUACAGGAAAAUAUCCAGCUAUCACGACAAGAACAUCUUUUUCUCCCCCCUCAGUAUCUCCUCCAGUUUCGCUGCCCUCUUAAUGGGUUCUGAUGGUGUCACACAUGAGGAAAUACUGAAAGGACUGAACCUGGAGGAGCUGGAGGAUGAAAACCAGCCGGAACGGAUCCCACAGCUUUUCCAGCUUCUUCAUGAAGACAUCACACAGAAUGGUUCACUGAAACUAGACCAGAGCAUGGCCCUUUUUCUAAGCUCUCAGCUUGGCAUAGAGAAGACUUUUGAAGACCAGAUUAAGAAGUAUUUUGAUGCUGAAAUCAAAAGUGUGAAUUUUUCAGAUACAGAACACAGUGUCAACAUCAUCAAUGAGCAUAUUAAGGACAAGACUGAGGACAAAGUGAAAGACAUGAUCAAAACACUGGAUGAACAGACUCAACUCAUGUUAAUCAACACCAUUUUCUUUCGUGGUAACUGGGAGUUGCCUUUUAACCCCAAUUACACAGAAAGCGCCCCCUUUUUCAUUGACAACUAUAAUAUUGUGCAAGUGCCGAUGAUGUUUAAAGAGGAUAAGUUCUACACAAUGGAAGAUGUUCGCCUUGGUGCUAAAGUCCUGAAGCUACCGUACCAAGAAGGUGUGUCCAUGCUUAUCCUGCUACCCAACAAAGACAUGGACUACACUGUAAUUGAUGAUGAGAUUACAGCUGCGAGGUUUCGUGGCUGGAUCAAAAAUCUGUAUAAAACAAAACUGGACGUCAACAUGCCGAAAUUCCAGAUGGAGCAGUCAUACUCCCUGCACACACUUCUACCAGAUAUGGGUCUUUCCAGUAUCUUCAGUAAUUCAGCCAACUUGACAAAGCUGACAAAGGAUGAACGUCUCAAAGUCUCAGAGAUGCUGCACAAGGCUGUGAUUGAUGUGGAUGAAACAGGGACGACCGCAGCAGCUGCUACGACAGCUGGGAUUAUUCCAUACUCCUUACCCCGGUCCUUCAUCAUCAACAGGCCAUUUUUCUUCUUCAUUUACCAUGAAGACACAAACUGUCUCCUGUUCAUGGGUAGGGUGAUUGAUCCUACCCAAAACUAGGUACUACUGGAAUGGUUUAGUACUUGCAGCUGGACAUUCAGGUGUCUAAAAGCUUAUUUAGAUGCAUUUUUAGAUUUCAUCUUGGUUUUAAAUGUUUGUGCUUGCCUGUACUAUAAAAAGCCUACGUAUUCUUUAAUAAAGAACAUCCUUAAGUGUGCUCAAUCAUUUCAACCCUAAAGUAUUUCAA